CAGGUGACGAGGGAGCAGCAAGCGAGGGGAAGCGGAAGCAUGAGCUCUUAGUCGGCUCCCAUGUCCUGUCCUUCGCUUCCCGCAGCGGAGAAAGGAAAGCACCAGCCGCUGGGAACCAGGAGGAGAGCCUGGCCAGCUGGCUUCCUGCCGCCACCAGCAAGGGCUUUGCUGAUCGUGGACCCCAGUUUAGGGACUUCCAGUUUUAGGGGCCUGUAUCUUAUCCGUGUUGCCCUAAACUUUGUGCUACUAUUCAAUCUGUUCUCUUCAGUCUUUAAAACCCCGAAUCCUGGAGUGGACUCUGUAAACUGCUUCUAGAGCUUGAAGGGAUGGGAUUACAUUCCAGAGAAUCUUUGUUGUAAUGUAGGUUAGACAUUUAUUUUGUCCCUGCCCUGUGCAGGAUAAAUGGGGAUUUAAUGGAUGUUUAUUUGUGCACACAAGGGUGAAAAUGUGAGGAUUUGGGGAUACAUUUGCUUUUGCGGGAAUUAACGCGGGGGAGGGGAAGAGCGGGGAAUCUAACUUUCAGAAGCUCACAAAAAUACAUUGGAUCCCUUUUAAAUGCUAAUACUGUUUAUUUCAGUGUCUUUCAGGAAGUGACUUAGGGCAGCAGAAGCCUAAAGAAAAGUUGAUUGUGGAGGUAUAGAGAACAGUGAUUCAAGAUUUCACUCUGGAUCAGCCAGCUCCAGAAUAAUCGUGAAACUAGGGAGCAGAUGGCAACACUGUCCCCUCAGUUGCUAACUGCGGCAGCUCAGCAGAACCUUAGACCAGGAAGGAAGAAGGGUUUAUCUCCAGCUGCCUCCUUGCACCUGGCUGGGGAGAUCUUAGCUGUAGCUUCUGGAUUGAAACCCGCUCUCCUGUACGAUUACAAUUCAGUUGGAGUAGACAAAAUCGAGAACUACCUUCAGCAGAUCCAGGGCAUUGGCCUGACAAAGCAUCGGCUGCACCUUCUCAAUAUAGCAGACAAUGUUCUGAUACUCAACCUGGAGAAGACGGCACUGUGGCUGGAAAUGCUGUUACUCACAAACAAAGUGCCCUUCAUUGAUGUGUCAGCUUCUAGGACGUGUCCUGGCCAUUGUGAGCCAGAAUAUGUGGACUCUAUAAAGGGCCACAUUGCUGAAAUACUGGCUCAUGUUAAAACACUGCCAAAUAUCACAUCCCAGCCGGUCACUACCAGUGAGAUCUUCUCUGCCGAUUGGAAUCUAUGCACCAUCUUUGGUGUUCUCCUGGGCUACCCAGCUUCCUAUACUUUCACAACUGAGCAGGGGUUUGACAACUGUUUGUCUCUGACCCCACUGAGAGUUUUUACUGUCCAGGCCUCUUGCUGUAGGAUAAGCAAAGAUCUCAGAGUCCGAAUUUAUUCCUUUAGUGUCCCAGAGAACCUGUAUCUUGCCAUGAAGGAGGCCCUGGAUGCAUGGAGUGGCAAUCUGAAGGAUGUAUUUAGUGCGCAGAAUGACUUUGCAAACCUCUGUAUCUCAACGGAGGUGGUUUCUCUAGCUGCUGUUGCUUUGUAAAUCUAGUUUCUUCAUUUCUUAUUAUCACAGGCUUGGGGGGGUGUCAGGCAUGAAAUCUAGCGGGACACUUAACACUGCCCUAUGGACAAAGGUUCCCCCAGGAAUAGCUUGAAACCACAGCUCUCCCCCACACCUGGAAUUUAAGGCCCAAAGCACUGGAUGUGAAGGGUGAGCAUGUUAGAUGCUGAACCUGUAUUCGCCAUGUCACUGGUACCUUGAACACUUGCUUUUCCUCGAAGUGCACUUUGUAGAUUCAGGCACCCACAGCUGGGUUGCAGGCAGUUCAUGUGGGAUGGAUCCCAGUUGUAGGGUGUUCAACUCCUAGGGUUUGUCUACACUUACAGCACUGCUGUAGUGCUUAGUGAAGACGUGACCUAUGCCGAUGGGAGAGCUGCUCCCUUCAGCCUAGGUACUGCACCUUCCUGAGAGGCGGUAGCUAAGGUGACGGGAGAAGCCGUUCUGUCGACAUAGCGCUGUCUACACCAGGAGUUCGGUCGGUAUAGCUGUGUUGCUCAGGGGUGGGGAUUUUCCACUCCAAAUAGGACUGUGGUAAUUCCAUUCCCUGCCCUACCACAUCAACAGCUGCUCCUAAUGGCGGUUUGACUAGAAGAAUGAGCACAGUGACAGGAGUCAAGAAGCCAUGGGUUCUAAUCUCAUUUUUUCCUCUGGGUCCAUUGGGGCAAGUGAUUUCUCCCCAUAUGUGCCUCAGUUUCCCCAGCUGUAAAAUGAGGAUAUUUACCUCUCAGAAACAAUAUGAGGAUUAAAAAGGGGUCCAUAUUUGUACUGUGCUUUGAACAUGUAAAAUUUUAUAAAUACUGUUACUAAUUGCCUAUGUUAUCUAGUGUAACCCAUCUACCAUAGACUCUGCUUGUGCUCACAGCACAGAUGUGUGCAUUAAAGAUACGUGCUGUUGUCAAAACAACAGAACUCAGCUGUUAAAGGAAUUUCAGUAAGUACCCAGCAUUGUCUUGGAUUAACAUCACAAUUUUUCUCCCCACACUUAAUUAAAAAAAAAAUUAGCAACCUGUAGUGCUUUGUAUAGGUUGGAGGGUGGCAGGGAGGAGAGAGGAGGAGGCUACACUGAUCAACUAGGAGGUGAUGAGGAUCUGGACAAGAGCUGAGACAGUCUAGACAGACAGAAAAGGUGUGUGUGGGGGUCAGGGUUUUGUGUCUCCUACUGAGUUUUUUCCUCCCGCAGUGGGAG